AUGAAAGGAUUCAAUACAGGUCAUGGUACAUUUUAUGUAAAUAGAGAAACUACGUGUCCUUUCUUAUUACGUGUUUUCGUUACAAAAGGAGGUUCAUUCCAUAAUGUAAAUGAAUUUUCUGGAAGAAGUAAGGUUCCAGAAAAUGAUGAAAUUCAAUUAUAUACAUGGAGAAAUGCAACUUUAAAAGAAAUUUCAAAUUUAAUUAAAGAAUCAUUUGAAGAAGCAAGAAAUAAAGAUUCAAAAUUUGAAUUUGCAUUUAUAUUCCCAGACCAAAAAGGAAUUUUUCAAAUUAAACCAAUUGGAACAAUUUAUUCAAAUAAAAAAACCGAUGAUGAUUUUCUAACAUUGCAUGAAUUAUCAUUCAAUCACCAAUAUUUAGAUGUAAUUUUAACAAUUCCCUCAGUUUCAAAAACAGCUCUAUCACCAACAUUAUCAAAUUAA